CUCUCCCUCCCUCCCAGCAUUGCCAGUCGCGUCUGAAGCAGACCUGGGACUCAUCUGCCGGUGACGUUCCGACCGAAGCCUUCAUUUGCUCUUUUUAUUUGUACAAUUGGGGCGAAAUUGUGGGGUUGCCCUUUACUGUUUUUGUCGGACCACCAUGGACGUGAUGGCCAACAACGAGCGGCGGCGACGACGCGUCAAUUUGAAGGGCUUAUUGAAGAAGAACUGGCUCCUGAUCGCCACGGUGGUAUCCGUGAUGCUAGGGAUCAGUCUGGGCGUGGCGGUCAGAGAGUACGCCACACUGUCGCAUCUUCACAAGCAGUACUUCGGCUUCCCGGGGGAGAUUUUGAUGCGGAUGCUAAAGCUGGUCAUCCUGCCGUUGAUUAUCUCCAGCAUGAUAACAGGUGUAGCAGCCUUGGACUCUGAGGUAUCAGGCAAGAUAGGACUACGAGCGGUCAUUUAUUACUUCUCAACAACCAUCAUUGCCGUCAUUCUUGGAAUAAUCCUGGUGAUGACUAUCAAACCGGGAGUGUCUCAAACAGCCCAGCACAUAGACCGAGCCGGAACCACGCCCAACGUCACCACCGUCGACACACUCCUGGACCUCCUCAGAAACAUGUUUCCCGAAAAUUUGGUGCAGGCUUGUUUUCAACAGUACAAGACCAAGCGCAAGGAGUUGGAGCCAGCAAAGUUUUUGUCCCCAACCAUGCCGACUCCUCCUCUGGUGACAAGCGUCAUGGCCACCAUGGAGAACAUCACCCAAGACUACAAAAUCAUCGGGACGUACUCGGACGGAAUCAACGUCUUGGGCCUGAUUGUGUUUUGCGUGGCGUUCGGCUUGGUCAUUGGCAAAAUGGGCAAAAAGGGACGCAUCCUUCUGGAGUUCUUUGACGCCCUCAACGAUGCAACCAUGAAAUUGGUCCACAUCAUCAUGUGCUACAUGCCGAUAGGAAUCCUGUUCCUAAUCGCCGCCAAGAUCAUUGAGGUGGAAGACUGGGAGAUCUUCCGCAAGAUGGGACUUUAUAUGGUGACGGUGCUGAGCGGCCUCGCCAUCCAUGCUCUCAUCUGCCUGCCGCUGAUCUUCUUCGUCAUCGUGAGGAAGAACCCGUACACGUUCACGCUGGGCAUGGCUCAGGCUCUGGUGACGGCGCUUAUGAUCUCCUCCAGCUCGGCCACCUUGCCUGUCACGUUCCGCUGCGCCGAGGAGAACAACCGUGUGGACAAGCGCAUCACACGCUUUGUGCUGCCAGUGGGUGCCACCAUCAACAUGGAUGGCACGGCGCUCUACGAGGCUGUGGCCGCCAUCUUCAUUGCGCAACUCAACGACUAUGCGUUGGACGUGGGGCAGAUCGUUACCAUCAGCAUUACGGCAACAGUGGCCAGCAUCGGUGCUGCGGGGGUCCCCAACGCUGGGCUGGUUACCAUGGUAAUCGUCUUGACCGCCGUGGGAUUACCCGCUAGUGAUGUCACGCUCAUCGUGGCUGUUGAUUGGCUGCUGGACCGUUUCCGCACAAUGAUCAACGUCCUGGGCGACGCGUACGGCGCCGGCAUCGUCCAGAAGCUGUCCAAGCGAGAACUGGAGAAGAUGGACCUGACGUCAGACGUCACCAACCCUUUCGCCCUGGAGGCCACGCUGGACGAGGACGAGUGCGAGAAGAAGUCGUACGUCAACGGGGGGUUCUCCGUGGACAAGACCGACGCCAUAUCGUUCACCGAAACAUCGCAGUUUUAAAUAAAAGACAAGUGGCUUGAAAAAAAAAAGUGCCAAAAGAAGCA